CAUCUUGUUUCCGGAUUUACAAAGUAUUCUUUGCUUCUAAUGUAAAUAAAUAUUGUAAAUAAAACUUUGUUAAAUAAGAAUAUUGCAUUACAUUACGUAUUAGUAGGUAUGUAAAUAUUUUUUACGAUGGGGUAGCAAGGUUCUGGAGUGGGUGGAGGCCUUGUACCGGAAAGCGCAGCUUAGGACGUCCACCCACAAGGUGUAUCGACGACCUCAUAAAGGUAGCGGGAAGGCGCUGGAUGCAGGUAGCCACCAACCGCCCAUUGUGGAAAUCAUUGGAGAAGACCUAUAUUCAGCAGUGGACGUCCUAUGUCUGAAAAUGCACUACUGGCCAGACUCCUGCCAACCAAGUCAGCACAGUAAUAGUGGAAGCUUUUAAAAGGCAUUUUUUAUCUCGUAACAAUACCUACUCAAAAUGAGUCAAAGACGCGGCAACAGGAGUACAGCUGAAGAAUCAGACGCGAACCUAGAUGAUGCCAUCAAAGAAUGCGUCCGUUUCAUCGUUUGCCGAGAAGGAAGCAAGGUGCCCAUCAAACGGGCUGAAAUAGUCAAACACUUGAACACUACUAGCCAGACUCCGGCCAACCAAGUUAACACAGUAAUAGUGGAAGCUAACAAGACUCUUAAAAGGGUAUAUGGAUAUAAACUGGUGCAAGUUGAGGCGAAGUCAGGCAUCCAGUACAUAGUGGUGCUUACCGAAGAGUGUGACUCGGUGCAGUCAAACGUCAAUGACCCUCUGCAGAGGAAGCUGUUAGUUGCAGCCCUGACACACAUCUACAUGAGCGGAGGGCCUGUUAAAGAAGAUGACAUGUGGAAGUUCCUCUCCGAGGCUGGCUUGCUGGAAGAGAAUGACCACGCGGGCCGGAAGAUACUAACGAAUACAUUCACGAAACAGAUGUACCUGAUAUAUUCUAAGAUUGGUGACGGGGAGCUAGCUAGAAACGUGUUUGAAUGGGGCCAGCGAUCUCUGGAGGAAGUGCCGAAACUCUUUAUUCUCAACAAAAUGGCUGAGGCUUUCGAUAAGAGCCCGGACUAUUGGUGCGAGCAAUACAAGGAGGCUACUGAAGAAGUGUCUUAGCAAACGAUUUAAUUAUUUAAUUCUCAUAAUUACAAAAUAAUUAUUAAUAUAAACAAAAUCCAUUUAAAA